AUGGCUCGAUGGCGCCCGCACGCAAAUCGUGUAGAGAUGGAUAUCCCGUUGGAUUUGCGAGAUGCCGUAUACGACAGCGAAAAGGGAGAGGCACUAGCAGAGGUCAGGCAACGUUCUGCCAGUAUCCCCGUAUCUGGCAGCGGCGAUGUGCACGUCAAGCAAGAACAGCCCGCAACAGAAAGCUCCGCGCGAUUUGACCAAAUGCGGCUGGAGAGCUCUGUGGUUCCGAAUGCAACUGAGUACAUGGUUGGAAUCAUGCGAAAUGGUAUGUGUUUCGAUCUUUUAACAAUAGGCGAACUCCAUUUGACUCCGCUGCACGCGAUUCUGCAGCUGCGACCGUCGAUGCGGCAUGUAGAUUUGCUGCACCAAGCCGAAGACGGUGAGCGGAGGCGCGAGCGUGGCGCGCAUGUAUCAGACGAAGAGGAGCACAAUGCCGCAGUGCCGCAGCGUGAUGCCCGCCGUAGCAGUGUCAUUCCGCUCAACGUUUCCGUGCGCAACGAAUCCGGCUCGCGUGCAAACUACGGCCAGGGCGCAUUUGUACGUCACCACUAUGACUGA